AUGACAGUGAGGAUAGUGAUACUAAUUUUUUCUGAUUUUGAAGACAAUAAAGCAGAAAUUGUGGUUCCUGAUUCUGAAAGUGAGGAAGAGGAUGACUCUAUGAGACAAUUAAUGAGAUCAAAGAUAUGCAUUUACAAUCCUAAAGAUGAGAUAGAGUUUGAGAAGGGUCAAUUAUUCACAAAUGUGGAUGCAUUUAUGGCUGUCUUGAAAGAUUAUGUUAUUCAAAAAUGCUUUCCACUUCUGAGAUUGAAAAAUGAGAGAUCUAGAGUGACUGCUAUAUGUGCUGCUAAGGGAUGUCAAUGGAGAAUACAUGCAUCACCAGUGGCUGAUAAUAUGACUUUUCAGAUUAAAAGUUACCAACCACAUCACACUUGUGUGAUGGUUAAACACUGUGCUGAAGCCACAUCUGACUGGAUGGUCAAGAAGCUGGUUGGUAUCACGAGAGAUCAUCCUAAUAUGACCAGCAAAGGUGUAGAGGCAGAGUUGAGAAAGUAUGGCGUGAAGCCAAGUAAAAUGCAGAUUUUCAGAGCUAAGAACAAAGCACUUGCUGAAAUAGAAGGCACACAUGCUGAAUCUUAUUCUAAACUUCCAAAAUAUGCUGAACUGUUAAGGAACAAUAAUCCCAACAGCAUCUGUUGUAGGCCUUUUGUGGGAUUUGAUGGAUGUUUCUUGAAGGAGCCAUUUGGAGGUGUGCUUAUGACAGCAGUUGCUUUGGAUGCAAACAACAACGUAUUUCCAAUAUUAUUUGCUAUAGCUGAAUGUGAGAACAAGGAUACUUGGAGGUGGUUCUUCUACUACUUUCAAGAGUUCUUUGGACCAUUUGACAACAACAUCCCUUUAACUUUCAUGAGUGAUAGGCAAAAGGGAUUGAAUCUUACUUAUGAGGAGAUAUUUCCUGAUGUAACUGGACGGCAUUGUUGUGGGCAUAUAUACAGCAAUUUCAAGUCUCAAUUUCCAAGUAUAUUACUUAGAAGUUUCUUUUGGAAGACAGCAAAAAGUUAUGAUGUUGUUGGCUAUAAUGAAGCAAUUGCAAGUAUUAAAGGUAUUAACAGAGAGGCUUGGAAAUAUCUGGAUAAAAUUUCAAGAAGUUCCUGGUGUAAGUGUGAUCAUGUCACAAAUAAUUUCAUUGAAUCCUUUAAUAACUGGGUUGGUGAUCUUAGAGGAAAGCCUAUACUGACAUUAGUGGAUGGUUUGAGGAGAAAGUUCAUGAAAAACCUGCACAAGAGAUACCAGAAAGGUUGCACCUUGACUGCUAAUAUCACUCCUAGAAUUGCUAAGAAACUCACAGAAAUUAGCCAAGCAUUAAGAAAAUGUGAGAUGCAUAUGGCUAGUGAAGACACAUUCGAGAUUGGUGAUCUGGACAGAAGCUACAUAGUUGUUCUGAGCAAGAGUUAUGUGAUUGUGGUGCUUUUCAGAUAUCUAGAAUUCCAUGCAUACUCUGCAAUGAUUCAUCCUAUUCCUGAUGUGAAGAGGUGGCCAGCUAUGCCUAAUUUGCUCCCAAAAACUAUGUUGUCACCUCCUUUGCGAAGAGCUCCUGGUAGACCAAGAGUAAAUCGAAGAAGGGAAGCUGAUAAGGGAGCUUCUUCUUCACAACCAAAAAGGUCAAGUACUCUCAAGUGUAGAAAUUGUGGAGCUGCAGGUCAUAAUAAGAGGACCUGUAAAGGACCACCUGUGCAAAAAUGGACUGCAAACAGAACCCCUGCUAAACUGAAGACAAAUAGAAGAGGCAAACCAGGCAGAAGAAUGGCCAUCACAAGCUUAUCAGGAGCUGUUCUUUGGAAUUAUGUAUGCAGAGGUUUCCAGAGCCUUACAAAUACUCUCAUUUUACGGGAUCAUGCAGAAGGAAAUGUACCUAUAGUUCACUCCAGUCAAGGGAGCAAUCUUAGUCCUACGGAUCAUAAUAGAGGUGUUAACGUGCAGAGGUUUUGUCAAACUACUGCUGCAGUAACUAACAGAAAGAGAGGAAGACCUGCUUCAAACAAUCCUUCUACUUCAACAGUCAGAGGUGCUGGUUGCCAUCGGCUAUUCCUGUCAGCUACUGAAGAUGUCUCCAUGUAA